CACUUUCGGUUUAGCUUUUGCGGUGUCAGAAUCGUUCCAUCGCCAUGGUUGUUGUAAUGCACGUGACUCCGCCAAAAGUCAAUGGAUGGACCCCGCUUCUGAUGCUCAUCUGUCUGACUGUAACGCUGGGCACCACCAUUCCAGUAGGUUAUUUCUUCGGGGUUCUCAAUGCCCCAGCCGAGAUUAUAAAAAAGUGGUGCCAGGACAUUCUGGCGGCCGAAUACGACACCAUCGUCACUGCCGGCCAGCUAGAUAUACUAUGGACCAGCAUUGUGUCCAUCUACCUGAUUGGAGGCAUCUGCGGAUCCUUCUUCAGCGCUGUGGUUAGCGAUAAAUACGGCCGUAAGGGAUGCAUGGUGAUCAGUAGCAUGCUCCUCAUUGUUUCCGGCAUUCUGUUCAACUGGUGUCGUGCAGCCAAAUCCCUGGAAAUGCUGAUGACUGGUCGCUUUCUAGGGGGCAUCGCGUCCGCUCUAAUCUUCACAGCUCAGCCCAUGUAUCUGCUGGAGUCCGCUCCAUCGGAGCUCAGUGGCAGCGUCGGAGUGUUCACCUGCAUCGGCGUAACUGGUGGUAUCCUGCUCGCCCAGGUGGUCACUUUGUCCCACUUGCUGGGGAGCGAACGACUGUGGCCUUAUGCCUUGAGUUUCUACUGCCUAUUGGUUAUACCAUCGCUGCUGCUGCUUUGGUGGUUUCCGGAGAGCCCGCGGUGGCUCUACUUGCACAAACAGGAUUCGGCCGGCAGUGAGAAAGCUCUGUUGCGAUUGCGUGGAAGAAAUGCAGAGGAGGAAGUGCAUCAGGAACUGCUUGAACUGAAGGCCACUCUCGAGGCCAAGUCCAGCUCCGAAGCAAGUUCUUUGUGCUCGGUAUUAAGGAAUAGGGAGCUGUGGCUACCACUCCUGCUAGUCUGUUCCUUCCAGGCCACCCAACAACUUAGUGGCAUCAAUGCUAUAUUUUUCUACUCGCUCUCCAUUUUGACUAAUGCGGGUUUCUCUGACGGGGCAGCCACUUGGUUAAAUCUGGGAAUAGGAAGCUUUAAUCUGUGCACCUCCCUUCUGGGACCACUUCUAAUUCGCAGAUUUCCGCGCCGUCCUCUAAUGAUGAUUUCCUGCUCUAUGUGUGCUCUAGCCCUGCUUGCCAUGUCCCUGGGGCUAUUCUUCUUGGAGAGAUCAGAGAGCACGGUCCUCACCUACUUUUGUGCCGCCUUCAUUUUAACAUUUAUCCUGGGUUUCCAGCUGGGGCUGGGACCAAUCGCUUACUUCAUAGGCUCAGAGCUCCUCGAGGAUUCGCCUCGUCCUGUGGCCAUGUCCAUGGGCAGCCUUUUCUCGUGGAUCGGAAACUUCCUCGUGGGUAUGUGUUUUCCUUUGCUGCAGAGUGUUUGGAGCUCCUUUGCCUUCAUCCCGUGCAUGUGCGUGUGCCUCUACUGCCUUCUGCUCACCUGGCGUUACCUGCCAGAGACACGUGGCCGGGAGCCGAAGGAUGUCAAGCUGCUAAUGAGCCAUGGGCUUUCCUCCAAGCGGAACGGAAGUGGCAUGUACCUUUCCACAUAAAAUAAACAAGCUGGGCUUUCUUAAAAAACAUAUACUGUUUACAGCACUU